UCGCCCCGUCGAGCAAACGUGUGUCGCGUGCGUUCCUCGCCCAAAAGCACAUUGCUUCGUAAUGGACUAACGAGAAUCGGACAGUUCUUCGGACACGAUGGCCGCGGCAGCUUGUGUACUAGUGCUGUGCCUGCUGGCCACUUUCGGACGCGCCUUCGAGAACAACAAUGUCGAGUUCACGUCCAGCAGUGCCCUCGGGUGUGGAGUGCAUAAUGUGAUUUCCACGUCGAGUGUCUACGAAGCGUCCAAUGUGACCGAGUUGCGGUGCAACGUUCGGACACUGCACGACCAGCUGCCCAUCAUCAACCCUAUCAUGCUGAACCCAGUGAGCAGCGUGCGCGUGACAUGCAGCGACAUUGUCCUCUUCGAGAGCUCCAUCGACAGCGGCCUGCUGCCCAGCAUUCUCCGCACCCUUCUGCGUCGCAACGCCAACCCCCGCAGGUUGGUGCUCGACCAGUGCCAACUGCGGCGUCUUCCCACGGGCAUCUUGUCCUCGUUGCCCGGAUCUUCGCGCAUCCAGUCCCUCUCAAUCCGCUCCUCGUCGGCCCCGGCCGGCUGGAGUUUGGCCAUCGAGCAAGGCGCCUUCUCCGGCCUGCCGUCCCUCCUCGAGCUCGACCUGUCCGCCUCCAACGUUUGGAGCAUCCCAAGGGACACCCUGUGCCCGCUGACCGGACUCAAGCACCUCAACCUCAGCUCAAACAAGCUGCAGGACGUGAGCAUGAUCGCCAAAGGGCCCGAAAGGGUGCCGUGCCAAAAUUGCCACGACUCGACGGACUCUUCCCUAGAAGAUUUCAACAACUCCCCGCGGUGCCUGCGCUCCGUCGAGACUCUGGACCUCUCGCAUAACGAGCUGACCCAUCUGCCCGACCAUUUUCUCGCCUCGUUGAGGUUCCUGCGUGAGCUGCGUCUCGCGUGGAACGGCAUCGCGACCGUCGGCGAGCGAUCCCUCGCCGGACUCAUCUCUCUCCAGAAACUUGACCUUUCCGGCAACAAACUGUCCGUCCUGCCGCCUGACUGGCUCAACGACUCGCCACUGCUCUCCGAGCUUCGGCUCACCGACAAUUCGUUGGCCGUUUUGGGACCUGGACUGUUCUCAGGCCUGUCCCAGCUUUCUCUGCUCGACCUGGCGCGCAACAACUUGGCCCCAGGUUCCGUCGGCAUCCAAAAGGACACCUUCAAACGUCUGGUGCGUCUUCGCGAGUUGGACCUCACCUCAAACAAACUCAACCGACUGGACGCCAACAUCUUCAAAGAUCUCUUCGAAUUGCAGGUGCUGCGAUUAGCCGGCAACCAGCUCACGUCCAUCCCCGACGACAUGUUCAUGUCCCUGGGCAACCUGCACGCCCUGGAACUGACGGCCAACCAACUCGAGGACCUCCCGCAGAAGGUGUUGAGCCCCCUGCGUGCCCUGCGUCGUCUCGGCGCCUCGCACAAUCUGCUCUUGACCCUGAGCAACAACGCCCUGGCCAACUGCUCCGACCUGAGGGAACUGGAACUGGGCAGCAAUCGAUUCGCCAGUUUGAAGUCCGAGGUGUUGGCGGCCGUGCCCCGAAUCGAGCUGCUCGACCUCUCGGACAAUCAACUCACGGUCCUGCCAACCUUCCCCUCCCUCUUGUCCCUGACGGUGCUCAAGGUGUCCGAAAACCAGAUCGCCACCCUUCCGAGGGACAGCCUGGCCAAACUGUCCGGUUUGCGGAUGCUGGACCUUUCGUCCAACGGACUGAGCAACGUGGAAAAGGGCGCCCUGAGCAAGAACACUAGACUGGAAGGUUUGAGGAUCGACGCGAACGCCCUGACCGACCUGGAGGCCAUCCUGACGGGCGCCCCUGCCUCGUUGUACGCGGUCAACGCGUCCGACAACCAGCUGCAGCACUUCGACUUCGGCCGACUACCUGGCAAGGUGAAUUGGCUUGAUUUACAUCGCAACAGAUUGGACCGUGUUCGCAAUCACGGGGGUCAAGGGGGUCGUUCCCUCACGUUCCUGGACCUCAGCGAGAACCUGCUCGAGCGACUCGAGGCCUCCGACGUCCCCGACCAGGUGAUGAUGCUCUACCUGAGUGACAACCGCAUUUCGCACGUGGCGUCCGGCACGUUCAUCGCCAAGAGGAACCUCACCGUGGCCGACCUGUCCAGCAACCACCUCACCGAAUUGGACAUAAACGCCCUGCAGUUGGGAAUGGAGGUGCCGAAGGGAAGCCCCCUUCCAGAGAUCCUGCUCUCCCACAACCCCCUCACCUGCGACUGCAAGAUGGAGUGGCUCCAGCGUGCCAACAGCUUGGCCGACAGCCUCCGUCGCUACCCCCGCAUCGCCGAUCUCUCGACCGUGACGUGUUUCCUCCCUCACGCCCGCGCCACCGUCACGCCGGUGCCCAUCGCUCACUUGUCACCGUCCCAGUUUUUGUGCCGCUACGAAACGCAUUGCUUCGCCCUGUGCCACUGUUGCGACUACGACGCGUGCGACUGCGAAAUGACGUGUCCGACCAACUGCACGUGCUACCACGACCAGCUCUGGGGAGCCAACGUGGUCGACUGCUCGGCCAACAACCACCAGAAUCUGCCCGAGCGCAUUCCCAUGGACGCCACCCAGUUGUACCUGGACGGAAACAAUUUGAACGAACUGUCCUCGCACGUGUUCAUCGGCAAACGCAAGUUGGAGACUUUGUACCUGAACGCCAGCAAGGUCAGUUUCAUCCACAACAGAACCUUCAACGGUCUCCUCGCCCUGAACUCCUUGUACCUGCAAGACAACCUUUUGACCGAAUUGCAGGGUCACGAGUUCUUCGGCCUGCACAAUUUGAAGGAACUGCAUCUGGAGAACAACGCCAUCAUCUCCGUGCACGUGGAAACCUUCAGCGGGCUGAACGGUCUGCGCAAGUUGUUCAUCGACGGCAACCGUCUGGUCGACUUUGCUCCUUGGUCAGUUCUUCCUCAGCACGAGGGCAACGUCCGCAUCUCCAUGGGUGGCAACUGGUGGACCUGCAGAGACUGUGAAGUGCUUGACCGGCUCAAUUCGUGGACAGACUCGGCCAAUCAGAUGCUCUGUCUGGACACUCAGCACAGGCCGAAUGGAAGACUGAACCUGUCCGUAGCUGAGGCUCUGAAGAAGUGUCUGCAUCACCAGAACAGCGCCAUCUCCGCCUCUAUCCAGCACGACACAUUCUCUCCGAGCUUCUCCACCAGCAUGCUGGCCCUGGUCGGCUUCUCUCUGGUAGUUCUUCUCGUCAUGGGCAUCCUGGGUUUUGUCUUCAGACGCAAAAUCACAGCCUGGGGCAAGUCCCUGAUGGACAGAGGAGUUGUUCCUGAGGAGGAAGGUGGCAAACUGUACGACGCCUACAUCGUCUACAGCCCUCGCGACGAAAUGUUGGUCAACAAGGAGGUCGGCUCUCGUCUGGACACAAUCGGUGCCUCCAUGUGCAUGCACCACCGCGACCUGCCAGCCAGGCAUCUGAGUGCCAGCGUCGACAGCGCCAUCGACGCCAGCCGCAGAACUAUUCUGGUCCUCUCGGCAAACUUCAUGCAAACCGAGUGGCCAGAGCAGCACUUGCGCAUUCCCAUUCUGGACGCCUUCCUGGCCAAUGACAACAAAAGUGUUUUGUGCAAGCUGAUCGUAGUCAUCACCCCGUCUCUCAACUCCCUUUCUCCAGAAAACAACGUGCCCCUGCAGCUGUGGGAGCCGCUGCACCGUCUGCUCAACUCCGCCAACGUGCUGAUUCUCGGUGAGAAGCGCAGGUUCGGCGAAGACCUGGUCAGGGCCAUGCCGUCGAGCGUGAGCUACCUGAAGAAACGGUCAAACGCUGAGCGAAGCAUCAAGGUCUGGGGAGACUCGACCACAAAGCUGUACAGCCCCUCGCCGGUGUACUCGUCCACCAUCUCUCCGUACUGGACGAGUCCGCCUGCCCAGCACAUUGUGAUGCCGCCUCAGAGCGGCUACAUGAGCUCGUCGUCUGCCGACGGUGACGAAAGUUGUCACCACACCACGUCCACGGACGACAACGCCGACAGUGGCGACUCCCUAUGCUAUUCCACGUACUACCACCAGCACAAAGAGCUGAACGGGCCCCUGAACCAUGUUUACAGCACCAUUGACGAGCGAAACGUGACGACCAGCACCAGCAUCAGACCCGCGUCCCAACAGCGCAUGUACUUUGUGUAGAUAGGAAAAAAGAACAGACUGCGCCUGAUAAUUUUUUUUCUCAAUUAAGACUGCUACUCGUAUGUUUUAAGAAGCCGCUUUCAAUGUGAGAUUAGUUGUUAAGAAAAAAAUACAAAAACAAGACGUUCGUCGCCUUCGUCACCUGUUCAUCACUUGAUGUAUAUUCCUCAUGCGUGUACGAUUACAUAUAAAGAAUGACUAAAAAGAAGCUGUGAAAAAUGGAUGGUAAUAAUUAAAUGUGCAAAGUGGCUACAUAAAUAUUCCAGAGGCGCUUGGUGCUGCAACCCGAAAAAGGACAUUCGUCAAAACCCAGUCAUUUCUGCAUUUUUUUUUUCUUAAUUUCAUGUAUUAUUGAUGUAGCAAUCAAAAUACUUCCUAAGUCUUGUUAAAUAUCGAAUGAACGAUUUUCGCGCCACGCGAAAAGCAAUGGUGAAUUUAACUUGUGUAAUUUUAAUUGUAUAUAAUGAUUAUUUAUAUAAUUGAUGAGCAAUAAAACAUCCUACUGAAUAAAAUUCA